AUGGCGCCUCCUCUUGGUCUUUCUGCAGUUUCUUCUUGUGCUUCUUUUUGGCAUAUUUUCUUGUUGGUUAGUAUGGUUUUGGAGGGCAUGAUCAUCGUCAAUGUCGAAGCCAACGGCUGGCUCAGUGGCCAUGCAACUUUCUAUGGGAUGAACCAGGAUCCCGCCACCCUUGGGGGUGCUUGUGGUUAUGACAACACCUUCCAUGCGGGGUUUGGAGUGAACACAGCAGCAUUGAGCAGCACACUUUUCAGAGGAGGGGAGGCAUGCGGGGCUUGUUACCAAGUGAUCUGCAACUACAGGAUCGAUCCCAAGUGGUGCCUUCAACGCCGUGCCGUUACGGUUACCGCCACCAACUUCUGCCCCCCGAACAACAACGGAGGGUGGUGCAAUGCCCCUCACCAACACUUGACAUGUCCACGCCAGCUUUUCUUCGCAUUGCACGACAAGGCAAUGAAGGCAUAG